AUGAAAAUUUCCAAGUUAAUACUAGCAUUAGCCUUGACUACUUGUUCCCUUGCGGUAAUAGACACACCAGUUGAAGAAGCUGCUGCCUUAGCAGCUCCGGCCGCUGCACCAGCUGCUGCGCCAAGAUCAGGAAACAAGAUGGUCACCAGUGGAAGUGAUUCUUCUGAUGAUGAUGUUGUCGAAAGUGUUAGAUAUCACGACAGCAAGAAUUCCGAAGACGAGAACGCGGUUGAAUCCAAUUCUAAUGCAUUCAUUAUGUCUAUUUCUAUGAUUAUUGUUUCCGAAAUCGGUGACAAGACAUUUUUAAUCGCAGCAUUGAUGGCUAUGAGAAAUUCACGGUUAGUGGUAUUCUCAGCUGCCUUUUCAUCUCUUGCUGUUAUGACUGUUUUAUCUGGUAUUGUUGGUCACGCGUUACCUACUUUGAUAUCUCAAAGAUUAACACAAUUUUUAGCAUCCGUGUUGUUUGUUGUUUUCGGUAUAAAAUUAUUAAAAGAAGGAUUAGCAAUGUCCAAGGAUUUAGGUGUUGAAGAAGAAUUGGCAGAAGUGGAAGAAGAAAUUGCCACCAGCAAAUUAAACCACCAGUUGAAUGACAUAGAAGGAGGUGGUAAUGUAUCUUCUGCUACUAAAAACAAGGCUUGGUAUGCUGAAUUUGGUCAACAAGUUGAAGACUUAGCUUCAUUUGUUCUUAGUCCAGUGUUUAUUCAAGUGUUUGUCAUGACAUUCUUGGGUGAAUGGGGUGACAGAUCACAAAUUGCAACCAUUGCUAUGGCUGCCGGUUCCGAAUAUUGGCUAGUAAUCAUGGGUGCUAUCAUCGGUCAUGGUCUUUGUACUGCUGCUGCAUGUAUUGGUGGUAAAUUAUUGGCUAAGAAGAUUUCCAUGAGAAACGUUACUUUAGGAGGAGCUAUUGCAUUCUUUAUUUUCGCCAUGUUGUACUUUUAUGACGCCUAUUAUUACAUUGAAGAGUAA